AUGAGCAUUCACCUUUCCGCCGAAGAACGGCUCGAAGUUCUUCUCCGUUGGCAUACUAUAUGCCUCGAUACUAUGAUUAACUCGACCGUUCUUUGUAGGUAUGUCUGUUCCUGCUACGACAUUGCGCAACAUGUAUCCGGAGGCUCUCGAACAGUUAAGCCCGGGUUUGAUAUGACGAAGUGGGUCUACACGCCUGAUGCACGUCGUGCUUUGCUGCAUGCUAUUGCGAUUCAGGAUAUCAUCGAACAACUUCCACGAGGACGAGCUCAUGUAAUUCAUAUGCCAAGCUCCCUCUUCGCGGCAGUGACAAUCUAUGUCGUGUUCUCGCUCGCCGGAGUGGCAACAAUCCACCUCCCACGGACUAUUGCUUGGCAGGACGCGCUUCUUUCGCAUGCCGAUUUAAACAUAGGUUGUGACAGUAGUCGGGCAUCUACUGGCUCCGAAACAAGGCGCUUUGUUGAAGAAGGCCACACAGACUCACCACCUGGACUAGGAGCCGUGAGGAACCUGCUUUAUGAGAUGAAUUCAAUGCAGAAGCUGUUCCGCUGUCUCAUAUCUCAGUGGGGCAUUGCCCACGAUAUGGAAGAGAUCGUUAACCAGUGGAUUACCCUGUGUCAUUAG